GUGGCGCCCGACUGGUGGAUGGCAACCGCGCCCACGGGCCACCCGUACUACCACAACACCGCGACGGGCGAGACCACGUGGACGGAGCCGGAGGCGGUCAAGCAGCACAAGCAGUCCCCGUCGGGCUCGCAGUCGGUGGAGCAGUCGGCCAUGGCCUACCUCUCGACCAUUCGGGGCGGCAGCAGCGGUCAGAGCGUCGUGCAGCAGCAGGGCGACGGUGGCGCCAGUGCCUCGAAUCUCAUCACGGGCGCCGACAACCCUGACAUCACGGUAACGGGCAACGGCCACAUUCCACAGCCGUGGACCACCUUCGAUCAGGUCCAGAUGCCGCAGAUGUUGAUUCGUAGUCUUACGACACAUCCGCCGACGCCUUUUUUGCUUUCGGGUGCAGCGGGAGUCCCCAUGAGGCCCCAAGAGGGUACCUCAAAGCUCGACGAGAUUCCAGGA